CAGCGUCUUGCCGCGUCGGCGUAUGUUUUUUCAGCAUCCUUACCACCUUACAUCACGGCUGCCGUUUCCAUGGCACUGACCAUUCUGCAUGAAGACCACACAUACCCUGAGAAGCUGCAAUCUAAUGCGAAGUUGUUUCGCGAGGCCCUUCGGCAAGCCAGAUUCAAUUCAGACAAGAUACGCUUGCUGGAGUGCGAAGGUGACGUGUCUCCGAUUCUGGUUCUACGGCCCACCGAAGCCUAUUUAAAGGAGCACUCUCAGAGUGUGGAAAUAGAGCUGGAGCAAGUUGUCCAGUUGGCAAGGAAAAUGAAGGUGAUGCUGUUGCGCCAUCUUUAUUCUGCAGAUGAACAAUGUGAAAACUACCCGGCGCUGCGGAUCCUUGUGAAGGGAAAGGCAAACAGGGAGGAAAUUCAAAAUGCCGCCAAAGUUGUGGUCGACGCUGUCAAGACUGUUUUUCCGUGA